AUGGUUAUCUCCAGUGAUGAAGAGGAAGGAUAUAUUUCAGAAGAGUUAGUGGACGAGUGUAUUUCUGAUGACGACAAAGGUGAAGAGGAGAAGGCAAAGUACCCCGAGUUUGAUGAGAAGGCCAUAUUUGGGGACAUUCAAUUACAGUUAAACAUGUUAUUCCCAAACUUGACUGUGUUCAAGAAAGCUGUGACAGAUUAUAAUAUUGCAAUAGGAAGGGUGUUCAAGUUUGUGAAGAAUGAUAAUGAAAGGGUUAGGGCAAAGUGUAGAUCAGAAGGGUGCAAAUGGGAGAUCUUUUGCUCUUGGAGUAAUGAGGUGAAAACUUUCAAAAUAAAGAAGUUCGUGGAGCCACAUACUUGUGCUCGGGGGUUCAAAAACAAGCAAGCUAAUAAGAAGUGGUUGGCUGCUCAACUUGUUGAUGAAUUAAGAUCAUACCCGACAAUGUCAGCACAUGAUGCUUUUGAGUGGUUUAAAAGGUGUAGAGGUAUUCAUGUAGAUGACUAUCAGAUAUAUAGAGCAAUGAAGUUGGCGAGAAAAAUUGUAGAGGGGUCCGAGAAGUUGCAAUAUCAAAAGUUAUGGGACUACUGUGAGGAACUUAGGAGGCGGAAUCCUAAUUCUACAUUUGGUUUGAAAGUACAUAGACCUACUCUAGAGCUGCCACCAACAUUUGAUAGGCUAUACAUUUGCUUUAAUGCAAAUGUUCAGGGGUUUAAAGCAGGAUGCAGGCCCUUGAUUGGGCUAGAUGGGUGUUUUCUGAAGGGAUAUUACGGAGGACAGUUACUGUCUGCUGUUGCUCAAGAUAGCAAUCAACAUUUUUAUGUGAUUGCAGUAGCUGUUGUUGGGCAAGAAAGUAGGGAUACAUGGAGUUGGUUUUUGACAAAUUUGCUUGGUGAUAUUGGACAGUACAGUGACAAUGGGUGA